UCCUGUAUGACUGAAAACGAAAGGAAGACAGAUAACUUCUAUUUAUAUACCCUGUACCAGUAACAACUUUAUUUGGUGUAAAGUAAUCUGUCUGGUGAAUCACUUUUACCUGAGUCACCCUUCAGAGAUCCACACCGAUCUGUCAUUAAGUGAACUAACUAAUAUAGAACCAUAUAACUUGGACGUUUUUUGUGAGUAUUUUAUCCAACUUAACCUUUUCAAAUUGCAGCUGUUUUAUACUCUGUUUUGAUAUGCUGUAGGUAAAAUGUAGUUUAUUUCCUUCUAUAUAUUUAUAUUACCUAGUCAGACUAAUUUCCUCUUUCUUACUCGUCCAGUUCUGCAGUAUUGUGCAUUGACACAAUUAUUUGUGGUCAGGGAGGGAAUUCCUUAAAAUUGGGGAGGAUAUGACCAUGUGGAGAAGAGAUUACUUUACUACUUCUGCUGGGGCACGAAGAAUGGGUCUAUCAGGGCCACGGAAUGGCAGAAUCUACAUCAUGUACCACGGCACCUCUUGGUGGGCUGCACAGAAAAUCAUGGCUAAAGGUUUUUGUCCGUCCAACCGUGGCAUGUUGGGGCAGGGUGUGUAUCUAUGCCGGGACCUGGAGAAGGCUAGUAGAUACCCCCUGGACCUCACUGAACACCAGAAGGUUGUCAUCAGAGUUAAAGUCAAUGUGGGCAAGGUGAAAACAAUAGAUCGCCAAAGCCACCCUUUGCAGAAGACAUGGCAUGACGAAGGUUACGACUCAGCCUGGGUUCCUCCUAACUGUGGCAUGGUGAAGAGUGGUUUAGAAGAGACCUGUGUCUGGGACCCAAAAAGGAUUACUGUUUUAGACACUUUCAAAUCAAAAACAGAACCCACCUUACAAAGUGAGGACACUGAUGAGGAAGAGGAGGGGGGGGAUGAAGAGGACACUGAGGAGGAGGAAGAGGAGGAAGAGGGGGUGGAGGGAGAGGGAGAGGAGGAGGAUUAUGAGGAAGAGGGGGUUGAUGAAGAGGAGGAGGAGGAGGAAGAGAAAGAAGGGGUGGAGGGAGAGGAGGAAGCAGAUGGGAAAACUGAGGAUGAGGAGGGAGAGGAAGAGGAGGAGGAGGAAGCAGAUGGGGACACUGAGGAGGUGGAGGAGGAGGAUGGAGAGGAAGAGGAGGAAGCGGAUGGGAACACUGAGGAGGAGGAGGAGGAGGAGGGAGAAGAAGAGGAGGACGCGGAUGGGGACACUGAGGAGGAGGAGGAGGAGGAGGGAGAAGAAGAGGAGGAAGCGGAUGGGGACACUGAGGAGGAGGAGGAGGAGGAGGAGGAGGGAGAAGAAGAGGAGGAAGCAGAUGGGGACACUGAGGAGGAGGAGGGAGAAGACGAGGAGGAAGCGGAUGGGGACACUGAGGAGGAGGAGGAGGGAGAAGAAGAGGAGGAAGCGGAUGGGGACACUGAGGAGGAGGAGGAGGAGGGAGAAGAAGAGGAGGAAGCGGAUGGGGACACUGAGGAGGAGGAGGAGGAGGGAGAAGAAGAGGAGGAAGCGGAUGGGGACACUGAGGAGGAUUAUGAAGAAGAGGAGGUGGAGGGAGAGGAGGAUUAUGAGGAAGAGGAGGAGGACUCAUGUUGAAGAUAAGCAGGCCAUUCUAUGAACUCAGUGGUGUUUUUAAUACAUCUACUCUCCCUCUCUCAGGCUGAGGGACAGAAGCCACCAUCAUUGGAAAAAGGUUGGCUCAUUUGUUGUUUUGGGAAAGUAAUUUCUGUAGAUGUUUACUUACGUUAAUGAGAUUCAUUUACAUGUGUCCCACAGGUGUGAGACAUGAUAAUGCUCAUGAUUAGGGACAUUCGUUUUUUUUCCUGACCACAAUGGCCUGACCAGGAAAAACUCCAGGCUCUGGUUAUGAUACACAUAUUUUGGGGCCCAGAGUUGUUCCUGGUCAGGUACAUCAUACUUGAUAUAAGUUGAAAGAAGACUGCAAGUGCUUCACAUGUACUGUAUAGCCAGAGGAUAGUUAACAUGUUUUUGCACUUGCUGACCUUUGGUGGUAAAGCUAUUACCAUGCUGACAUCAGACAUCAAUAUAACAACCAUAGAAAUAUGGCUGAAAACAAAGCUAAACCUGUCAACUAUCUACGUAUUCAGACAUUAUACUGUGUUACAAUCUAGCCAGACAGGGUAUUAUUAAUACAAUCAUAACACAACAAAUACAACACAAAAGAUUAUUCAACUCUUCUCCAUCCUUGCACAGUGGGGGAGCUGUAUAACACAUACUCACACAGACACACACACAAACACACACACACUGCAGCAACAUGUCCAGCCCUGGUCUGUUAAUCUGUGUGGUCAUCCUCUAAGGUCAUGGCUGACACACAUCUCCAGCACUGCUGACAGAGCUUUCCUCAGUGUGCUGUUACCCAACGUCUAUGUGUGUGUGUGUGUGUAUGUGUGUGUGUGUGUGUGGUGUUUCCCAAUGUGUGUGUGUGCCUACUAGCUCACCAACCAGCACCGCACACAGACUGCCUGUCACCACACGGCCACGCCAAAUCCCCUUGUAUACCUCCCCCUGUCUCCCUCCUCUCCCUGGCUAGCUAACUGUUUGUCUCCCCUUUCACCCCCAACUCACCCAUCUCCACUGCCUGGCUUCCUCACCUGUUAAGACUUUCUCCACACAGGAACGACCAGGGAACAUGGGGUCCUUGAUGAAAAUGCAUAUUCUGACACCCGCAUUGACGGAUAUUGUGGCCUUACCAAUACAGAGGCAAUCAGACACAGACACACACACACACGUUUUGUUCUUCUAUCUUCAUGGGGAUUGUCAUGACGUUGGCCUGGCGGGUAGGUUUAUGACAGUCAUAAAUACCUCUUCCCCUCUUUUUCCUCUCUCUACCCUACUGAGGUUACAUUUGCAAAACCCUUGGUUAACAUAGAGAUUCUGGGAACAUCAGAAGGUGGGGGGAAAUGAACUAUAUUCUGGUAAUCCGAACAAUUGAACAUAUGCGGUGGUACUUAAUGAAAAUGAUGUCAGUUCGGUUGUCAUCUGAGACAUUCUCAUCAAUGAUAAGAUGACAUAAACUCUACAGUGGAAAGUCUACACAUCAGAGUUAUCGGAUUCACAUGGAAUUGUUGUUCAAUUUAAAUGUUUGAAUAUGGAAUUAUUUGUGAUGGGAUGAGAUGUGAUUUUAGCUUCUAAAAUGUGAGAUGUGGGUUUUCAUAAGAUAGGGCUGCUCAAUCAGUGGCCCACCCCUGUGAAGGGACAUGGGCUAUAAAACCUUUCAAACACGCCCUCCUCUCCCUUCCUAUAUAAGCCUUUGACGACAAUAGAACUUCCUGUUCCGGGGAUGUAGGACGACGGUCCGAUGUCAGAAUGGUUCAGAUAAUAACUACAGAACGAAGCCAACAUCAGCGUGAGCUUUAGUUGCGAAUGGUAUGAACUUUGAACUCUUAUUCACUACAGAAGUGAUACCUCCUAGCCGUUGAGUUAGCAAUCGCAGCUGCAAACGCAGGUUAGGAAGGAACCGACAGAGUAUCCCGUCUACCACACAAUGACGUUACUACAACGUAUCCAAUUGACAACCAGAAACAUUAUUCAAAGGACUCGGUUGGGCAACACGGCCUUCCAUCUACCACCAACCUACAGAAGCGCAGCUCAGAGUAAAUAUUUAUUUCAUUUUCCUUUUCCAAAUGGGUGGUAAUUUAGAAUGCAUAAGAUACUGUAUUUACGAUAGCACAGCUUCGCCCUUCGUUCCUCAGUCUUCCCGAUCUUUCACUCAACCCAGACCCUUUUCUUUUGUGUAACAAGCUGUCAUAUCUGUUCCGCCCGCUAGGGCCGUUUUCCUUUAUGACGUCAUUUGUAAUCAAGUUAUGAUUUAAUUAUGUGUAUGUGUAAUUCUGUGUGAUUAGUUAUGUAUUUAGUAAAUAAAUUAUUAAACCCAA